UAACUUUUAUUUUAUCGCCAUUUAUCACGGCAUGGUUUGUUACAUAUAAUGGCGUUUAGCUGGUCGGAAUCGUGGCACAGUAGUAGAAUGGUAACCGUGGUUAGCCAACAGCGUGCUAGCUGCAUUAGCCGACUGCUAACAGAACCGCAGCUAACGUAAUAAAGUAGCUAGCUUAAGAACAGCUAGUGAAUGAAGACUUUCUGUCGCCAGAGUGUGUGGUUAGCGACUGGUUGGCCAACAGCGUGCUAGCUGUAUUAGCCGCACUGCUACCAGAACCGCAGCUAACAUACUAAAGUAGCUAGCUUAAGAACAGCUAGUGAAUGAAGGCUUUCUGUGGCCAGAGUGUUUAGUUUUAUGUUAUUAUAUUCUCUAUAUUAUGCCGCCAAUGUUCGUGCGAUUACUGUAGCAUCAUUAGCAUCAUGGUUAAUUGUGUAGAAGUCAACAGCCUCGCCAACAAAACUCUGUUGCUGUUUAAGUGGCAAUUGGAUGAUUACUGGUGAUUACUAUAAGUUAACUACGGUGACUGAUGUGGAACAAAUCCAAACUCUACAGACACAGAAACCAAAAAAAAGAAGCCUGACAAACUUCAAUUUUCUUCUGUGAACAGUGGCGGAGCUACGGGAUGGCCACGGUCACCCCUGGUCACUCUCCGGCCUCCCCACUGACCAUCUAGACAUUUCAGGUAUCAACUUAUCGCCACCCCUAUGUGAGUAAUGGUCUCACCUUGGCCACCCCAAUGAAAAAUUCCUGUCUGUGCCACUGUCUCUGAACUUGCAGCAUUUUUGUCAUGCAUGCAUAUUGUACUGAAUAGCCAGGUGUGGGGUAUGUGUGGACGUACAGGGGUACUUUAUUUCAAAUUGUACUACUCCAGGACACAAUUGUCAGGUUCAGCAACAGAGAUAGUGGCACCAUAAGUCACCACUUUCUCUGUUGCUGGUUCACCGCUGUAUUCCUAAAACAGACCUUCCUAAUGGGCAAGCACACUUUAACACUACUACGAUAUAUGAGUGAUAAUUAUAUUGCUGGUUAAUUUAUUGUAUUGUAUUGUAUUGUAUGUACUUUAUUUAUUCCACAGCGAGGAAAUUUACUUGUUACAGCAGCAAGCAAGCAAGACAAGUAAAGAGAACAGUAAAGUAAAGCAUCGUGACUACAACAUGGUUCAGGUGGUGCAGGUGUUGUAGAGUCUGACAGCGGUCGGUAUGAAGGACCUGCGGAACCUCUCCUUCUUACACCGUGGGUGUAACAGUCUGCUGCUGAAGGAGCUGCUAAGGGAACCCACAGUGUCAUGUAGCGGGUGAAAGGUGUUGUCCAUGAUGGAUAUCAGCUUAGCCAACAUCCUUCUCUCCCCCACUUCCUCCACGGAGUCCACAGGACCGUCCAGGACAGAGCUCGCUCUCCUGAUCAGCCUAUUGAUCCUGCUCCUGUCCCUGUCCGUGCUGCCCCCUCUCCAGCAGCCCACAGCAAAGAAGAUGGCUGAGGCCACCACAGAGUCAUAAAAGAGUCCCCAUGGAUGACCUGACCCGAGCCCUCUCGGCCAGCUUUGCUGUGUCCAAGGAGCCCAACAGCACGGCCGCCCCCCACCCUCGGCUGUCCCAGUACAAGUGCAAGUACAGCGUGCUGGAACAGAGCGAGCGGCGCCGCCGCUUCCUUGAACUGCAGAAAAUCAAAAGGUUAAACUAUGUCGAUCAUGUGCGACGACUGGCCGAUGGUGACUGGACGGGGUCGGACAGCGAUGGGGAGAAGGACAUGGAGAACCAGCAGCAGCAAGAGGUGGAGGAGGGAAAACGGGAACAAGAUGUCAAAGCAGAGGAAGAGGAGAUGGAGAUUGAGAGACGGAAGCUGCCGAAGCAUUACGCUAACCAGCUCAUGCUGUCAGAGUGGCUGGUGGAUGUCCCGGCAGAGCUGGACUCCGAUUGGCUGAUGGUGGUCUGUCCCGUGGGGAAAAGAUCUCUCAUCGUUGCCUCCAAGGGUUCCACUGCAGCGUACACAAAAAGCGGCUACUGUGUGAACCGUUUCCCCUCCCUGCUGCCCGGUGGGAACCGCCACAACUCGGCCAUGGGAAAAGAUUACACCAUCCUGGACUGUAUUUACAGCGAGGUGGACAGGACCUUCUACAUCCUGGACGUCAUGUGCUGGAGAGGCCACCCGGUAUACGACUGCCCGACUGAUUUCCGCUUCUACUGGCUGCAGUCCAAAGUCCAGGAGACGGAAGGCCUGUCGGAGAUCGCCAAACGCAACCCCUUCCGCUUUGUGACCCUCCAGAGCACGGACUGUACGGCCUCUUCCAUCCAUAAAGUUUUGGCAGCCGACUACAGCUUCAGUGUGGACGGUCUUCUCUUCUACCACCGCCAGACUCACUACACCCCCGGCAGCACCCCACUGGUGGGCUGGCUCCGCCCCUACAUGGUUGGUGACAUCCUGGGCGUGGAGGUUCCUACCGGACCCCUCACCGUCAAGCCGGAGUACGCUGGCCACCAACUACAGCAGAUCCGGGAGCACAAGAAGACCUCCACCCAGGUGCGGCCGGCCAGUCGGGACGGAGGCUACGAGCUGGAGCACCUGUCCACGCCUGACCGGGACCACGGGCGUGCCCCCGACUGCUUCAACCACAAGCCCAUCCAGGAAGCACAGAUGGAAAGCUGAGAUGCAGCACGUGUCCACCUGCAGCGAUCAUUUUAAUCAGGCACCAUCCAGGACAGCCUCUAAGCGCUUCGUCAUAUCUAGAACCACAGUUAUCUUCUGUCAUAUGCUUCUUAUUUGAAUAACAUAAUAGAUACACAAAGUAGAAUAUUACUUAAAAAACCGCAUUGUUCAGGUUGUACGCAAAAAGACUAGCAUGAGAGUCGUUCAUGGAGUUGGAUGUGGACUUUUACAAUUAAACGUUUUUUAACUGUGUAAAUAAUGAAAUAAAUGUGGUUUUUUUUCAUG